AUCUUUUGCGAGUUAUCAGUUUGAAAUAUUCGAAUUUUACGGAUGCUGACAAUAUAUUGUAUUUUAUGUAAAUAACACGCUCUAUUAUAUUAAUUUAACGAUGUAUAUUAAAUCGAUGAUACUGGAAGGAUUCAAAUCCUAUGGCAAGAGAAUCGAAAUAAACAAUUUUGAUAAGGAAUUCAAUGCAAUCACAGGAUUCAAUGGUACUGGAAAAUCGAAUAUUUUGGACGCAAUAUGUUUUGUUUUGGGCAUCACAAAUCUUGGUCAAGUACGUGCGACGUCUUUACAAGAUUUAGUUUAUAAAUCAGGACAAGCUGGUGUGAAAAAGGCCAGUGUUACGAUAAUAUUUGAUAAUCAUGACAGAGAGUCAUCUCCUAUGGGCUAUGAACAUCACGAUGAAAUUAUAAUUACAAGACAAGUAAUAAUUGGUGGUAAAAAUAAAUAUAUGCUCAAUGGAUCAAAUGUACCAAAUAAACGUGUACAGGAUCUGUUUUGUUCGGUUCAGUUGAAUGUGAAUAAUCCACACUUUUUAAUUAUGCAAGGUAGAAUAACAAAAGUAUUGAAUAUGAAACCGGUAGAAAUUUUAUCUAUGCUUGAAGAAGCAGCUGGGACAAGAAUGUAUGAAAAGAAGAAACAGGCAUCACUUAUCACUAUAGAAAAGAAGGAUAGCAAAUUGAAAGAGAUCAAUGAUAUUUUGAAAGAAGAAAUAGGACCUAGAUUAAACAAAUUGAAGGAAGAGAGAACACAAUAUGUGGAAUUCCAACGGAUUGAGAGAGAACUUGAACACUGUAAGAGAAUUUAUCUUGCGUGGAAAUAUGUCGCUGCUCUAAGUAAUAGCGAGAAAACAGAAGAGAAUGUUAAGACUGUGCAAAAUAAAAUAAAUUUGAAGUUAGAAGAUAUAGCCGCCGGUGAAAAGGAAAUCAAAGACAUAGAAGAAAAAUAUGCUGAGCUAUUGAAGAAAAAGGAAGCGGAGAAAGGUGGUACGUUGGAAUCUUUAGAACAAGAAUUACAAGAAUAUGAAAAGAAACAACACAAAUUAUCAGCUGAAAUGAAUAGUAAUAAGGAAAAUAUUAAAGUAACAAAGAAGACAAUAGAUCAAAUAAAAAUUAAUAUAGCAGAUGAUAAAAAUGCACUUAUUCUAAAAGAAGAAGAAUUGGAAAAAGUUGGGGGACAUUUUCAGAAAUUAAAAGAAAUGGAUCAAAAGGAUACUGAAGCAUUGUUGAAAGCACAGGAGAAAUAUCAGAAAAUUAGCGCAGGUCUAUUGGAAAGUGAAGAUGGUAAAAAUGCAACAUUAGAGCAACAGUUAAUAAAUGCCAAACAAAGUAUAACACAAGCACAAACUGAACUUAAACAAUGUGAAAUGACGUUGGAUCAUAAUAAACAACAGUUGAGUAAGAAACAAAAAGAUAUGCAUAGCACUGAAAAUGAAUAUAAGAAAUAUAAUAUGGAUCUCGAGAAGAAAGAAAAGGAAUUGAAAAAUUUAGAGAACGAAUUGCAAAAAUUAAACUAUAAGGAUGGUUAUUUUGAGAAUUUAAAAAACCAAGAGGCUACUUUGAUGGCAGAAAUAAGACCGUUGCGCGAGAAAUUGGAUCAGUUUGAAUCAAGAUAUCCUCAAACGAGGUUUGAAUAUCAAAAUCCUGGGCCUAAUUUUAAUGAAAAAUCAGUAAAAGGUAUUGUGUGCAAAUUAAUUGAUAUAAAGGAUAAAAGAGCUGCAUAUGCAUUGGAAAUAGCUGCUGGAGGAAAGCUCUAUAAUAUAAUAGUUGAUACGGAAACUACAAGUAAAAGGAUCCUUCAACAUGGACAAUUGCAGCAACGAGUUACCAUUAUACCACUCAAUCGAGUGUCUGGUAAAUUUAUGGAUCAACAAACGAUCGCUUUGGCGGAAAAAUUGGUCGGAAAAGAUAAUGUACAACCUGCUUUGACCCUCUUAGAUUUCCCAGAUGAAAUAAGGCCAGCAAUGAAUUGGAUUUUUGGCCAAAUAUUUAUAUGCAAAGAUAUGGAAACUGCCCAGAAAAUAGCAUUCCAUGAAAGAAUUAUGAAAAAAUGCGUUACUUUAGAAGGCGAUCUCUUCGAUCCAGCUGGAACAUUAUCCGGCGGUGCCCCAGCGAAAUCUGGAUCGAUUCUAUUAAAACUCGAAGAGUUAAAAGAGAUUCAGAAUGAGUUCAAUAAGAAGAAACGUCUUUUGAGAGACGUGGAGACUGCUUUAUCAAAUAUUGCAUCAACUGCAAACAAACAUGCGACAUUAAAACAAAAAUAUGAUUUGGUCAUUUAUGAGAUGGAUGUGAUACGUCAGAGGUUACAACAAACAAGUUAUCAUAAGAUUAAGGAAGAAGUGAAUUCUUUAAAUGCAAAUAUUGAAGAGCUUAAACAACGGAUAAUCACUGCGAAAAAUUUAGAAAAGGAUAGCACGAAACGCGCGAAAGACAUAGAAGCUCAGUUAAAAGAUGCGGUAAACAUUCGUGAGAAACAAUUAAAAGAAGCUGAGAAUCAAUUGAAUAUCUUGAAGAAAAAAGCAGGACAAAGUCGCGAAGAAUGGCAAAAAAGGGAACAAGAAUCAGAAACGCUUGAAUUAGAAAUAAAGGAGUUGAAAAAGACUAUUGAAAGCGGCAACGAGCAAUUGCUUCAAGCGGAGGAAAAGAACAAUUUGUUUGAGCAAAAGGAAGUAACUCUAAAGCAAGAAUUGAAAGAAACAAAAGACAAAGUUACAGAACUGCAAAGUAGUGUUAAAGAACAAAAGAACAUUAUUAAUCAGCAAAACAAAGAUAUGCAAGGAUUAAUAACAAGAAAAGAAGAUAUCAUUCAGCAGAAUAGAGAACUAAAUUUGGACAUAAAAAAAUUAAAUCAUGAAAUUAAUGAUAUCAAAAAAUGUGCAGCUGAUUGUAAGCAUAAGGUUCUGGAACUUACAAGAAAAUAUGAGUGGAUUGAGCAAGAAAAAGCUUACUUUGGAAAGGAAGGCGGAAUGUACGAUUUUAAGGUCAAUAAACCAGAUGAAAUGGAACAGAAGGUACAAUAUUUGCAAGGAACACGUGAAAAGUUGUGUCGCAACAUAAACACACGAUCAAUAAAUCUUCUCGAUAAAGAAGAGGAACAGUAUAACGAGACAUUAAAGAAGAAGAGGAUAGUUGAAAAUGACAAGAAAAAGAUUCUUGAGACGAUCAAACAUUUGGAUGAAAAGAAGAAGCAAACUUUGAUUAAAGCAUGGGAGCAGGUGAACAAGGACUUUGGUUCAAUAUUCAGUACUUUAUUGCCAGGGGCCGAAGCAAAAUUGGAACCACCGAAAAACGUCGCAAUAACAGAUGGCUUGGAAGUGAAGGUUGGAUUUUCAGGUGUCUGGAAAGAAUCUCUGGGAGAAUUAUCCGGUGGUCAAAGAUCCUUAGUCGCCCUGUCGUUGAUCUUAGCUAUGCUUCUUUAUAAACCUGCGCCGCUUUAUAUCCUAGAUGAAAUAGAUGCCGCCUUGGAUCUCUCGCAUACAGAAAAUAUAGGCACAAUGUUGAAGAAACAUUUUAAACAUUCGCAAUUUAUCAUUGUGUCCUUGAAGGCUGGUAUGUUCAACAAUGCCAAUGUCUUAUUUACAACUAGAUUCGUUGACGGUAUGUCAGCAAUAAGCAGAAAUGAGAAAGUAAGAUCCAAGUAAUUAUAUCGCGCAAUUUCUUUAAUUAAAUUAAA